UCCCUGCAAGAUCAGACAGAGACAGUCUAGUCUGUAGAUCCAGUACUGCAGGUCUGUGGCUUUAGGAAUCUGGUCAACUAUGGACGGGAAAUGUAAAUAUCCAGUUUUCUUUCAAUGUAGCACGCUGCUCGAAGAAAACGAGAUUAAAAAAAUACAGCGAUACUUCCGCAAUCACCGCAAAUCAGGUGGAGGGGAGUGUGGACCACUGAGCAGAGAAUCUGAUCAAGUUUACAGGAUUUCUUUCAAACAUAGAAAAGAUCAGCAGGCAGUCCUGCAGAGGUGUGAUCAUGUUGUGAAGACUAAGGAUGCUAAUCUGAAGUUCAGAGUUCAAUCACAUUCAUCAGAACCAAAACACAAGUCAAGUAGCUCAACUCUUCCACCAAGUGGAGAAGAGCAUGAACUACAUCUUGAUGCCUACCUCCUUCAAUACCUAAUGGAAAGUCCAAAGGCUGCAGAAGACCUAAACACAAGACUCUCCUCUUUGGCCUGCUCUGCUCAGCUUUACCCAGAAGACAAAAAGGUUUUAGUCAGGAGGUUAGACCAACUCCAAUCUGUAGCUAGAGAUGAUGUCAUCAGUUGGAAAGCAGAGUUAACAAAACUCUUUGAAAGAAUACAAGAACACUACAUUUGCCAUGUUGAGGUGGAUCCUGAUUUAGUUUCAGCUUUGCUUCGAUCCAGCAGCUGUGAUCAGGCAGCAGACGACGUGAAAGUGUACAGUGAAGGUAGGACUGCGGUUGUGGUUGGAGAAAAUUCUCAGGUGAAAAGUAGGUUGAGUGAAAUAAAGGACAAAUCCUGCCCGAGUGUUCAAUAUUCCAGUCGUCGGCUGGGUGAGGCUAAACUCCGGCUGCUUUGGAAAGAGAUUGAACACAGUUUACAGAGAGAUUUUCCAGGGGUGAAGGUCACACAAGGAGAUGGCGGUCAGUUAGAUUUUGAGGGAGCUGCAGAGGAGAUCCAUAAGGUUAAUGAUAUGAUCUCUUUAAAGGUGAAUUCUGUGUUAGAAAGGACAGUUUCUCACAUGAGCUCAGAUCUUUUGGCUUUCCUAAAGAAAGCAUAUGGUGGGCCAGGUCAGCUGAGAGACUUUCUAGGAUUUAGUGACCAGGUGGAAAUUGAAUUCCAAAAUACAGGGCUGUGCAUCUUUUCCCUCCUGUCUACUAAUCUGGAUGAAACCGAAAAAGCACUACAAAGGGAGUUCAAAGAAGUCAAUAUUGAGGAUCCCACCUGCUCUAAUGUACCUGGUGAUCUUAGCAUGGAACUGGAAUCUAAAGUAAGUAAGAUGAACCAAAUGGAGUGUCGGGUUCAAGUCACGUUCGGCUCAGAUAGCACAGUACAAUUACUGGGCCACGCUAAAGAGGUUGAAGAGUUAAACGAAGCUGUCAAACAGUUUAUUUUGGACCACACUGUCGAACUGCCUUCCCCAGAAUUAGCACUAGAGCUUUCAGAACUGCUACAACAACAUGGUUUUGACUAUUCAGGAGUUACUAUUCGACCCUUAAAUACUCCCUCCAGACCCACAGUGGUUCUCGAAGGUCCUUCCAACAGAGUGACUGAGGUCAGAAACAAGCUGUGUCUAUUUCUGGAUUCCCUGUUUCAGGAUAGAGUUACUACUGACCCAUUAGAGGCAGCGAGUCCUUCUUUAAGAGAGAACCAUUUAAGUUUUCAAGACCAUUACACUGAACCAGGACAGAGUUUAUCAUCUUUGACUUUAAGUGAAAAAGACACAGUAGUUGCCAGUUACUGGAUUCGUGGUGGGCUCCAGGUUCUGGUUUGUCUAGGUGAUAUCACCAAACAGGAGGCGGAUGCCCUGGUAAAUGCUGCCAAUGAGGAGCUGGACCACUGUGGAGGUGUUGCUGCAGCUUUGAGUCAAGCCGGUGGCCCUGAGGUCCAGAGGGAGAGUCAUGACUUAGUAAAGUGUUUAGGGACAAUUCCUGUAGGCAGUGCAGUUUUGACAACAGGCGGGAAUCUGCACUGCAAGAAAAUGCUGCAUGCCGUUGGGCCUGUAAAAGGCAAAGUGGGUGGCAAAGAGACAGUCCUAAUUGAAAAAGCUGUCCGCUCUGCUUUGAAUUUAUGUGAAAUGAUGGAUUUCCAGUCUGUAGCUAUGCCCUGUAUCAGCUCUGGGUCAUUUGGUGUCCCUGUCAGUGAUUGCACUAAGGCCAUCGUAACUGCUGUUAAGAAGUUUGGUAGUUUAGGAGGGGGGAGUCUGAGCAGAGUAACGCUGAUUGACAACAGAGUAGAGGUGGUUAAGUCCCUGCAAGACACAUGUGACUGGCUUCUUCAAGAACCAAGUAGAGGAAGCAGCGUAUCUAGCGAUAGUGGAGUGCAAAUUGAUGAUGCUUCCCAGGACAUAGCGACAGGCUGCUUUGGAAGUGGUGUCCAUAUAGAAACCGUUCAAGGAACCAUUGAGACUCAACAGGUGGAUGCUGUGGUGUCUCCUAUGGUUGGCAGUGAUCCUUGUUCUACUCGUAUUGGAAAUGCUUUGUACGAAACAGUUGGAAAUCAGCUGAUUGAAACGUACAAAAAGGCAGCAGGAGGAGAACCAACACCUGGGGAUUCAGUCCUGGCUGAGGGUCUGUCUGGACUUCCAUCUAAUGCAGUGUUCUUCCUCAACCUCACUUGUUGGGAUAAUGAUGAAGAUGGAAUUGCAAUACAGGUUCUCAGACUAGCGAUCAAUAACGUCUUAACUUCCUGCGAGAAGAGAGGGUUUGCAUCUGUUGCUUUUCCUGUGGUUGGAGCGGGGAUGGCCCUACAGUUUCCUGAUGUCGUUGUUGCUAGGGUUCUCAGUGAACAAGUCCGUGCAUUUGAACAAGAGCGAGCCAGCAGAACACCAUUCCUUAUCCGCAUCGUCAUCCACCCGAGUGACAAAGAGUUUAUCAAGGCUUUCAGAUCUGUGCGGGAAACUUUGCCACUUGAAGAUUUUCAUCCUGCAAACAAAGAGUCAGAUACGAAGAGGAUUGUACUGCUGGGAAAAACUGGAUCUGGGAAAAGCAGCUUGGGCAACACCAUAUUCGGAGAGGAAAUAUUCAAAAUAGACCAUACUCCAACCUCUGGAACAAGACAGUGUCAAGCAGAAACCCGAUCUGUCAAUGGAAGCAGCAUCACUUUGAUUGACACUCCUGGUCUCUUUGAUUCAGAACGGUCCGAGGAGGAUUUGAAGCCUGAGAUAUUGAGGUGUGUCACAGAGUGCGCUCCUGGGCCUCAUGCUUUUGUCAUUGUUCUUAAAGUGGAGAAAUUUUCAGAGCAAGAGCAAACUGUCAUCAGUAAAAUAUGUCAGUAUUUCUCUGAGGAAGCUUUAAAAUAUACCGUAGUUGUUUUCACACACGGCAAUCAGCUACCUAAAGGGUGGAAAAUUGAGGAGUUUAUUAGUCGGAAUAAACAUCUUAGCGACCUGGUAAAAAAAUGUGGCAACCGGUGUCAUGUGUUCGAUAAUAAGUACUGGGACAACAAACAGCAGAAUAACUACAGGAGCAACCAGUUCCAGGUGGAGGAGCUGCUGAAAACAGUUGACAAGAUGGUGAGGGAAAACAACUGGGGCUUCUACACAAAUCAGAUGUUUGAAGCAACGGAGAAAGAAAUACAGAAAGAGGAGGAGCAAGUUAGACUCUCAGCAGUUGACAUGCCGCCAGAUGAGAUCAGAAAAAAGGCUAAAACCAUAGUGUCGGACAGGGUUUUGAGGGUACUUGCAGGUACGGCAACAGGAGCAUUGUUAGGAGCUCUGUUUGGUGUAGCACGGGUGGUUGAAUUAUUUGCCAGAGUGAUACACAACUCUACACCAAUAUUGAGAACAGUAAGAAGUGUAGCACCAGCACUAGGAGGACCAGCGACAGGAGGUCAGGUAAUAACUGCUGUAGCGGCGAUAGGUUUAGUCACAGGAGUCGUGGCUGGAGGAGUAGUAGGAGGUGGUAUUGGAUGUGAGGCAGCCGAGGGUGCAGAGUCAGUAAUGGAUGCAGUAGAAAGGGCACGUCGUGCUGUUAUAGAAAGAGGACAGGCUUCGAGCACUACAACAAAUCUUCUCUAGCUGCGAACCUUAACAGAUGGCAGACAAGGAACGUAGUAGGUUUACAACAGGUGGAAGGAAAUUGUGUUGAGAUUUUACGCUAAAUCAAUGGUGUAGUCCUGGGUAUACGGCGGUAUACGGAAUAUACCCACUUAUUUUUCAGUCAGCAUUGUUUAUACCCACUUCUAAAUCCCCCUGAUGUGCACUAGGGCUGAAAGAUAUAUUGUUAUCGUAUCGAUAUUGAGAUAUGAACAAGGAAAGUAGUAGGUUUAGAACAGGUGGAAGGAAAUUGUGUUGAGAUUUUUUGCUACACACUAAAAAUUUUUUUUUUUUUUGAGAUACAAUUGGAAUAAUAUAAUUUAGCUGUUGCGAAAAACAAAUGGUUCUGGUUAUAAUACACAUAAAAAUCAACAUGUAUGUAAAAAAUGUUUGUUAUUAUUGUCUGUGAUACUCUGGAAUGUUGGAAAUAAACCUCAAAGUUCAAAUUUAGGAAAUUAAUGUUGCAGCAUCUUUUUACACCUUCAAAAAUGUGUGUGAUUGUAUGUCAUAAAAUGGCUGGAGGGUUAUUAGGAGGUGGCAUUGGAUAUUGGUUAUAGAAAAAGGACAGGCUUUGAUCACUAAAAUGAAUCCUCUCCAGCUGUGAGCCUUAACAGAUAGCAGAGAAAGAAAGUAGUAGGUUUACAACAGGUGGAAGGAAAUUGUGCUGAGAUUUUAUGCUAAACACUAGAACUUUUUUUUUGAGACAUAAGCAGAAUAAUAUGAAUAUAACUGGUUCUGAUAAUGCACAUAAAAAUCAACAUGUUUGUAAAAAAAUUUCUUAUUAUUGUCUGUGAUACUCUGGAAUGUUCGAAAUAUACCUCAAAGUUCAAAUUUAGGAAAUUAAUGUUGCAGCAUCUUUUUACGCCUUCAAAAAUUUGUGUGACUGUAUGUCAUGGAAUGUGUGGAGGGUUAGUAGGAGGUGGUAUUGGAUGUUGGUUAUAAAAAAAGGACAGGUUUCGAGCACUAAAAUGAAUCCUCUCCAGCUGUACUGUAAAACUGAUCAUCAGCAAUAAAGCCUUCU